UCAGAGUUAGGUGUACCAGCGGAUGGAAGCUGCUUGUGUCAACACCGCGAUGGCUAUGGGUCUGGCGUCGAAAAAACCUGCUUCUAGAAACGUGGCGGUGGAGCGCAAGAACCUCAUCACUAUGUGCAGGUUUUCAGUAAAGACUUUAUUGGAGAAGUACACUGCUGAGCCCAUUGAUGACUCAUCAGAAGAAUUUAUUAACUUUGCUGCGAUUUUGGAGCAUAUACUCAGUCAUCGCUUUAAAGGUCCAGGAGGCUGGUUCAGUUCAGAUGGACAGAGAAGCUUCUGGGAUUAUAUUCGUCUGGCCUGCAGUAAAGUCCACAACAACUGUGUCAGCAGUAUUGAGAACAUUGAGAAUAUCAGCACCUCUCGAGCCAAGGGGAGAGCAUGGAUUCGCAUGGCUCUUAUGGAAAAGCGUCUAUCUGAAUAUAUUGCCACAGCUUUAAGAGAUACUCGGACCACCAGAAAGUUUUAUGAUGAUGGUGCCAUCAUGCUUAGAGAAGAAGCUACAGUCCUGACAGGAAUGCUGAUCGGACUUAGUGCCAUUGAUUUCAGUUUCUGUUUAAAAGGAGAGAUACUGGAUGGGAAAACACCAGCAGUGAUUGAUUACACACCAUACCUAAAAUUUACCCAGAGCUAUGAUUACCUAAGUGAUGAGGAGGACCGUCGCAGUGUGGACAGCAGUGCAAGUGAGGACAGCAUUGCUGAGCAUCCUUACAUCCCCCUGGUCACUGAUGAAGAAAGCUGGAGCACCAGGUGUCGCAAGAUGGAACAGAGAUUCAAGAUCGUAUAUGCUCAGAAGGGUUAUCUGGAAGAGCUGGUGCGAUUGCGAGAAUCACAGCUGAAGAAUGUGGAGACAGAGAAUAAGAGACUAAAUGCUAAACUUGAAGAGCUGCAAAUCCAGAGCCAACAGGAAAAGAAAGAGCUUGAGGCCAUCAUUCUGGAGCUCCAGGCACAACUAACUGGUGUCAUUCCACGUGAACCAGCCCAUUUGCCAACAGACCUGUCAGUCUCCUUAGUCAACCAAUGGCCGUCCAGACGGACUACCAACAACCAAGGGAGUGUAAAGCUAUUCCGCCGGAGAAGUUUUCACUGUUUGAACCUCUGUGCUGAGGCCAGUCUAAACUCAAAAGAUCCUUUUAAGACAGAUGGGAAGCAGAAUGGAGAGACAGGCUGGUGCUCAGCAGAGAAAGACACUACUCCGUCUAUGUUGGGCCUGUGUGGGUCUCUGGCUUCUUCACCGAGCUGCAAGUCGCUGGCCAGUCUCAAAUCCAGUGAAUAUUUGGUAAACAUCAGUGCAGAACCUAGCCCGGCCCUGUCUCCCAGCUAGGUGGCAUCAGAGUUCACUGAACUAGCAAUUCAGGCUGAUUAUAUGAUAUAAGAAAAGAGGCUAGAAUGAAUUUGUGUUCAUCUGCAUGAGAUCUGACCUUCAUCCUAAUGACUAUCAGUGUAUUCACAGAUCUGAUGUGCUUGUGCCACCACCAUGGCCUGGUGUUGUAUGUGGGUAGCAACAAAAGACCCAAAAGUCAUGUUUUCUUUGUUUGUGAAUGAUUGGCUGAAUAAAUUGUGCUGCUUUAUUUAUACAUAUAUAUUUUUAUUUGGUAAUGUUUUGGUCUGACAAUAAAAUGGUUAUUUUUAGCUGA